CGGAGAUCAAGCUGGUUGGCAACAUGCAUGGCAACGAGGUCCUGGGUCGUCAGUUGCUGCUCUACCUGGCCCAGUACCUGUGUUCCGAGUAUCUCCUUGGCAACCAGCGUAUCCAGACGCUCGUAAACACCACGCGCAUCCACAUCCUGGCAUCCAUGAACCCCGACGGUUACGAGCUGGCGGCCGCCGAGGUAGAGGAUAGGAACGACCCGGAACAACAACCACACCACAACCAGGAAGGUCACGAGCUCAACGGUUGGACGGUGGGUCGCACCAACGCUCAGAACCUAGACUUGAACCGGAACUUUCCUGACCUUACGUCCAUCCUCUACCGGAAUCGCAGGAUCAAACGGUUCCGCACAGACCACAUCCCCAUCCCAGACUCUUACUGGUUUGGUAAGGUAGCUUCAGAGACCUAUGCAGUGAUGAAGUGGAUAAGGUCUGUGCCGUUUGUCCAGUCUGCGAGCCUCCAUGGCGGGGAGCUGGUGAUCUCUUAUCCCUUUGACUUCUCUAGACACCUCCAUGAAGAGAGGAUGUUCUCCCCUACACCUGAUGAACAGGCAUUUAAGCAGCUGGCCCGGACAUACGCAGACUCUCACGCCAGCAUGGCCGACAACAACACAGACAGGUGUGGAGCGUCCUUCAUCCGGGGCGGAGGCAUCAUCAACGGGGCUCUGUGGUACAGCUUCCCAGGGGGCAUGUCAGACUUUAACUACCUCCACACUAACUGCCUGGAGAUUACGGUGGAGCUGGGCUGUGACAAGUUCCCUUCUGAAGAGGAGCUCUACCCAGAGUGGCUCAGGAACAAGGAGGCCUUGCUCAGUUUCAUGGAGUCGGUCCACAGAGGUAUUAAGGGAGUGGUGAAGGAUGAAGAGGGCUAUGGAAUAAAGGGAGCGUCCGUAUCUGUCAGGGGAAUUCGUAAAGAUGUCACCACAGCGGAGGAAGGUGAUUACUGGAGGUUAAUGAACUCAGGAACACACAUCAUAACAGCAUCAGCUAAAGGUUACUCCAAAGUCAGCAAGAGAAUUUACCUGCCUGCUCACAUGGAAAAAGCUGGGCGGGUCGACUUCGUGCUCAAAAAGGUCCCUGUUCAGCCAGUAGGACCAGACUACCACCUGUUCCUCAGCUCCUCCCUGGACACUUAUGAGCGCUUCGACCCUUACAACCACUUCCAGAGCUACGGCCGCUCCGAGCCGGGAGAACCCAGGGAACCCAGGGAACCGAGGGAACCCAGGGAACCGAGGGAACCCAGGGAACCGGGGAUGGGAGCAGAGGAGCAGGAGAAGCCGUGGUGGUGGAACUACUUUACUCAGGCAGGAGUCUCUGCUCCCACCUGGCUGCUACGGAACCACUAGAAGACUGGACAGGAGAAAGACUGAAACGGCACACUAUUCCCUUAUUCCCUAUUCCCUUAUUCCCUCACACUAUUCCCUUAUUCCCUAUUCCCUUAUUCCCUCACACUAUUCCCUUAUUUGGUGCACUACAUUUGACCAAAGCCCAAGUGCAUUGUGGGGCGGCAGGGUAGCCUAGUGGUUAUAGUGUAGGAGAGGCAGGAUAGCCUAGUGGUUAGAGCAUUGGACUAGUAGCCGAAAGGUUGCAAGUUCAAACCCCCGAGCUGACAAGGUACAAAUCUGUCAUUCUGCCCCUGAACAAGGCAGUUAACCCACUGUUCCUAGGCCGUCAUUGAAAAUAAGAAUUUGUUAUUAAACUGACUUGCCUAGUCAGGUAAAAUACAAAUUAUUUGUAGAUUUCAUCCCAAAUGGCACCCUGUUCCCUAUAUAGUGCACCCUGUUCCCUAGUGCACCCUGUUCCCUAUAUAGUCAAAAGUAGUGCACUGUAAAGGGAUUGGGUGCUAUGUGGAAUGUCUCCUACAAGUAGAGGCAUGAAUUGGUUCUCAAUCUUCGUUUGGUUUCUGUUCCCCAUCACAUUCCCCUCAUGUUACCAGAAGGCCUUAUGUUCUGUUUAGUCUUCCUGUGUAGAGAGGCCAGGUACCCUGUCCACCAGGGGAUCACCUACCGCCACUAUGGACAGGAAUCUGAUCAUGUGUCCUGACCAGGAAUGAUUCUGGGCCCCCAUUAACAUAUUGGGUGUUCUAUUAUGUUUCAUUAAGACAUUCUGUCUUCCUCAGUGUUCUAUUGUGUUUCAUUAAGACAUUCUGUCUUCCUCAGUGUUCUAUUAUGUUUCAUUAAGACAUUCUAGUUCUGUCUUCCUCAGUGUUCUAUUAUGUUUCAUUAAGACAUUCUGUCUUCCUCAGUGUUCUAUUAUGUUUCAUUAAGACAUUCUGUCUUCCUCAGUGUUCUAUUAUGUUUCAUUAAGACAUUCUGUCUUCCUCAGUGUUCUAUUAUGUUUCAUUAAGACAUUCUGUCUUCCUCAGUGUUCUAUUAUGUUUCAUUAAGACAUUCUGUCUUCCUCAGUGUUCUAUUAUGUUUCAUUAAGACAUUCUGUCUUCCUCAGUGUUCUAUUAUGUUUCAUUAAGACAUUCUGUCUUCCUCAGUGUUCUAUUGUGUUUCAUUAAGACAUUCUGUCUUCCUCAGUGUUCUAUUAUGUUUCAUUAAGACAUUCUGUCUUCCUCAGUGUUCUAUUAUGUUUCAUU